UUCAACAAUCCCUACGUCAAAAAAUUCAAAAUUUCAAAAUUUCUUUUUCGUCAACACAUCUCAAAAUUCUCCGUUCGGCAAAACCAACAUUUUCAACAUGCAGCAACACCCACCGGACAAUGAGUUCGUCCACGUGGACAUCUCAGUUUCACCAGUACCACCACCCGUUUCCGCUGCGCCCAGCGGUCCGAAAAUACCGCCCAAACUCUUGGCCAUAAUGAAGAAAUACAAGUACAACUGGAGACUGGAUCAGUUGGCGAAACCCAAGAUGCCGAUCAGGAAGUAUGUUCCUCGAGAGAUAGGUCUGAUUAAAGCAGGAAAGAUACCGCUGAAAAGGUUGAGCGAUGAGAUCCAGUAUUAUUCAGAUCAAAUAUCCAGACCACCCUUAAGGAGUCUAUACUGUAACAAGCACUACUUCGAAAACAUCAGCAAAAACUACAAGAAAAAAAUUACUAAGAACAUUAAUAAAGCCUGGGAUUCGAUUUAUAAUUAUUACAAGAAAAAGGAAAGAGACAGGAAGCUCAGGUUAUUAAGAAAACAGGCUACAGGUAAAGAGAAAAAGCGUGAACUGGACAUGAAAAGACAUGAUGAACUUGCCAAGCCUAAAGCUCUCUUCAAACCGGAACCUAUCAAACCCAAAAAGCCACCACAAAUAUUCUCGAAUUAUGGCCGGUUGGACACAUUGGCAACUCCAAGACCUUGUAUCAUGCAAACGCCCAAAUCUCUGGAGGUUAACCCGGCAGCUCUGACGUAUGAAGCCACAGAAACUGUCAUACGUUUAGCCAAACUUCCACCAAGACUUCUAAAUCUACCGAAACCACUCGAACCAGGCAAAGUUAAGAAGAGUGCUCUUAGAUACAAUGCUACACCAAGAAUUAUAGAAAUAGCUAUGCCCAAACAGCGUAGCGAUAAGUCAAAGGAAGACGAAGAUUUUGAUCCGUUUGCUAUAUCUAAGAAGGCUUUGACCUACAAACCAACUCCAAGAAUAAUAGAAAUGGCCAAGCCUAAAGAAAGAGACUAAGAUUUGUGUUGCUGCAUACUUAUACAAAAAAAUAUAAUAAGACAAAAAAGUGUGUUAAAAUGUUAAGAAAAAAUGUAACUGAUGAAAUAAAAGAAGUACGUUUUAGUUUA